AUGGAAACCUGCUCCUGUCCCGGCAGCCACCGGCGCAUAGGGCGCGCUCUGUAGUUCCGUCAGCGCGCCUGCUUCAAUAUCGGAUCCCUCCGCGGAAUGAGACGCGAUGCUACCGCCUUCCGUUCUGUACUCCUCCGCGUGUGUUGCCGCCAUCUUGAGGGGGACACAAACUUUUGCAAUUUAUUAAAUAAUUAAGAAAUCGUAACGCUCGUAUAUCGGAGGGCGGCCUGGGGCAGGAGUAGAGCGGGCACGCUGGCUGCCUCCGCUGGCGGGAACCACGAUGGCGUUGGACCUGGGGAAAAGAUUGUUAGAAGCUGCUCGCAAUGGAGAAGAUGAUGAAGUCCGUCUGUUAAUGCAGAACGGGGCUCCUUUUACCACCGACUGGCUUGGAACAUCCCCAUUACACCUGGCUGCUCAGUACGGCCACUUCUCUACAGUCAAAGUGCUGCUCCAGGCAGGCAUCAGCAGGGACGCCCGAACAAAGGUGGACAGGACCCCACUGCAUAUGGCAGCAGCUGAGGGACACGCCCAUAUAGUGGACCUGCUCAUCAAGAACGGAGCGAAUAUCAACGCCAAGGACAUGUUAGAAAUGACCGCUCUGCACUGGGCCACGGAGCACAACCACCAGGACGUGGUGGACCUGCUCCUCAAGAAUGGGGCAGACGUCCAUGCCAAUAGCAAGUUUGGGAAAACCGCUUUUGACAUUGCCCUGGAUAAAAACAACCCCGAACUGCUUAUUAUGUUACAAGAAUCCAUGCAGGGCAAUAUCCGGGUACAACCCAUGAGGACAAACGCCAUCACUGGCUCGUCUCCGCACUUCAUUCUGACACAAGGGGAUCUGGCAAACCUGUCCAACCUGGUGUCUACAGCCAACAUGAAGUCCGUAGCAGCCAGAAAUGGAGGGAACAUUCAUAUCACUAACUCCAAUUCUGUGCUGGCCACCCUGGCAGCGCUGGCAGAGGCGUCCUCGCCCCUCUUAGGGUCUGAUGGUACUGGAAAUUCCACUACCGAAGUCGUGUCCAUGGAUGCUGCGUCUGUCAGGCAGAUGGUGGAAAAUGGAGGCCAGAGAGUGAUAACGAUCGUCACAGAUGGCGUUCAGCUGGGCAACCUGCACGGAGGGUUCUCCACAGACCACAUCCGCCAUCCACUCUUGGUUACCAUCCAGAACGGAGAUCAGGUUGUUGCAAUACCGGAGGAGGACGUCAUAGAGGAGGUGGUGACCGAGGUGGAGGCUCCUCCUGCCAAGAAGGCCAGGACAGAAGAGGCUGAAGCAGUCGCAGAAGAGAAUACGGAUAGUCACGAUGAAGAAGCCCGGAAAAUGUUACAACAACAAUUGCAUGAAGCCAACUGCAGAGCCCGUGAAUACAGACAGCAGCUUCUAGAGAAGGAACAGGAGGCUGAGGGCUACCGGGUAAAACUGGAAAACCUGGCACGCCAACACAUCAAUGGGGACAGCUUUGCACUGUUGGAGGACGGAGAUACAAUCAUAAUCUCCACAGAGGAACUGGAAGGGACGGAAGUUACGGAGAUAGAGACAGUGGAACAUCACUGUGACAUUCCCAUGGAAGGUGUUGCUCUGUGACCGAGGGGUUUUGUAAAUAGGGAACUUUCCCUCAGAUUCCGGGAGAGCUGCCAGAGGCACGUGGUGCGCCCUCAGCUGAAUGAUUGAAGAACUGCAGCUCUCAUCUAGGCAUGCACAGACUUGGCAGCAGUGAAACCGGAUUCCAGCCCUGCCAGUGUUCUCAUUGCUGUACCAUGUUUUUGCAUGGCCUCCAUGCCAGAUACCUCCUGGCUGCCUCUGGGCUCUCCUGAAAAAUAUUCCCCUGUCUGCGCAUUAAAAUGCAACCCGUAUAACGCGAGUUCUGUGCAGCAGUGCUUCAGGGAGUCACUCGUUUCUUCGUCGUGGUUGGAUAUCCACAGGCCAACGCCUUUUUGCCUACAACUUAUUUGUUUAAUAAUGUAAAUUGACAUAUCUAUAAUCCUUUAUAUUUAUAUAUUCUCACCAAGUGCUGACUCUCAUUCCGUACUUUCCAGUUGUUUUUUUAUUUCCCCCUUGUACCCUUAUGUGCAGACACAUUCUCCAUGACGCACCGCUGCUUGCACUACCCUCUACGCUGUGCUCUUGCGUUACGUAGGAAGAACGUUUAGGUGGAUACCUUAAAGGCUAAAAUUAAAAUACUUGUUAAAAAAAAAAAAAAAAAAAAGGGUGUUUGUCACCUUUGCAAUGCAUGUAAAAAUCCGCACACCCAGGGCUGCUAUUGGCUUAUUCACAAUACAGGAUGCUGCAUGUGUUCUUAUAAUUAUUUUUUAUCCAAAAUAUUGUAGACUGGUUAUUCUAUCAUGCUCUCAAACGUAGUCAUUUUGCGUUUUUUUUUCCUCCACUUACUGUGAGGAACACUAAACUGUCUUGAGUUCCAGGGGUUUUCAGAAAAAUGAGGUGAAGUGUUUAUUUUUUUUUUUUUUGUAAAUCUUUAUAGAUUUUAAACUCUGGGUACAAGCAGUUGGUGUACUGAUUUUAUCCCUGUAGGAAGAACAUCCAAUGAGCAGAGUCCUAGUUUGAUGCUCCAUCUUAAACCAUUAUUUUUUUUUCUCUUCGUUACCCUCAGAUGAGGAUUCUAGUAGAGAUUGAAGAUUUUGUCAGUAACCCUCUGAGCCGUCAGUGUUCUGGAACCUCACUUUGGCAGCAGGUCUUACCCCAAUUUUGUAGCCUUUGGCUAGUUCAUAGCAGAACAACUUGGACAAAGCUGUAGAGCGUAUCCCGUCCGGAACAUCACCCCCGGUUCUGUGCAGUCAGGAAAGUGCUAUUAGCGGACAGCAGAGUGACAUGAGAUGUCCGGGCUUUGAAGCAUGGAGAAAUGAAUUAGUGAGCCGUCUGUGUAUCUAGCUGGGGAGGGAUUAUUUAUUACCUGUGUGAACCGAUGUCUGUACUUGGCUUUUCAGCAUUUGGAUAAAACUAAUUGUAAUCCAGGUUAGGCACAUCUGGUGCAAAUAGAACUAUACACUAUAUGGUAUGCGUACAUUUCUUUUUCCUGUUGGAUACAAAGUCUUUUUUUUAAACUUUUUUGAUUUUUAAGUUUUUAUAUACCUUCAGUUUGUAUGCUGAGCUUUUAUUUUUGUUUCUUUUACCAGUCAGGCUCAGGAUUAUUUACUCGUAUUCAGGAACCAGAAUUGACCUGUUGGUGUAGUGCACCGUAAGCAAGUGGGAAACUGUUUCCUGUAACUUAGUAGCCCCUUGGUUGUAGUAUUGCUGUUAUUAUACAAUGUGAACAAGUGGGAGGCAGUUUCCUGUAGUCUAGUAACCCCCUUGUAGUAUUGCUGUCACUAUACAGGGUAAGCAAGCGGGAGGCAGUUUCCCGCAGGUUAGUAUCACCCUGGUUGUGGUAUUGCUAUCACUAUACAGGGUAAGCAAGUGGGAGGCAGUUUCCCGCAGGUUAGUAUCACCCUGGUUGUGGUAUUGCUAUCACUAUACAGGGUAAGCAAGUGGGAGGCAGUUUCCCGCAGGUUGGUAUCACCCUGGUUGUAGUAUUGCUGUCACUAUACAGGGUAAGCAAGUGGGAGGCAGUUUCCCGCAGCUUAGUAUCACCAUGGUUGUAGUAUUGCUAUCACUAUACAGGGUAAGGAAGUGGGAGGCAGUUUCCCGCAGGUUAGUAUCACCAUGGUUGUAGUAUUGCUAUCACUAUACAGGGUAAGGAAGUGGGAGGCAGUUUCCUGCAGGUUAGUAACCCCCUAAUUGCAGAGUCUGUGAUUACUAUACAGGGCAAGGAAACAGAUUGGUUUGCAGUCGGCUUGAAUGCCUGUCUAACAUUGCAUGAUCCGAGAGGGGCAUAUAAAAUAUAUCAGGGGGGGGGGGGGGGAUUAUGAAGAGAGCAUUUUAACUUCUACAUCUUUUAAUUUGCUUUAAAUACUUGCUGUAUUAAGGAAAAGCAAAUGUUCUGCUUGCACAGUAAACGUAACAAGGUGUAAUCCUGGAUAUAUGCGCGUUCCUUUAUGGGUUGCUGUCAGUAUACAGACUGUAGGAUUCCCAUGGUCAGCGUCAUAGCGUUCACUCUGGAGUUUGGCAGCGCGUAUGUCAGUCAGGCACUAUUGCAUGCGCCUCAAAGGGGGCAUGUCCUUAAGAUCUACUUUUCAGGGGGGCCCCUGGCCGGCUGUUUCAACUUGGCACCGCCAUAAGUGCAGGAUGCGGUGCCCUGCUAAAACUGCCUGGUGUGAACGCUAAGUAGGGGGUGGGUCUAAGGAUAGGCUGCGGGCAGGGAUGGUUAGGGGUAGAGUUUAAGUAGUUUGGGAACUGUCAGGAUGCUGCGGUUGAAUUCCUGGCCAUAUGGAUUCUCACUGCCAGGAUUUUGUACCCAACCCCUAUAUAUGCAUUGUUGUUCUGCAGCCUGUGCUGCGCCUUACAUCCCUCACUGCUUAGCUGCCAGAGGAAAAGCCAUUCCCAGCAUCAGAUAUAUUCCCAAAUUGUGCGGGGAAAGCUGGGCUGUAUGACCUAUACAGAUAUGUGUAAGACAUGUUGGACAAUCUACCUCUAUAGACGAGAACAGGUCAUCCUGUGCUAUUAUAAUGCUUUAUUUCUUGUGCAUGAUCUGUUUUAAUCAUUUCAAUAUAUUUAAAUCGUAUAUUGCUAAAAUCUAACAUGGUUUUAUAGUAAGGUGGGGCAGGCUGCCAUUUUGGAGGCCGGAAGUAGGAACACCUGACCUCUAAGAGGCGUGAGGAACUAACCUAGGAUUUGAUUACAGCAGAUCUCUUGUGAUGCACCUGUGGUGAUCUAGAUAAAUGUGAAUCUGCGCUACUGCCGCGAUGUCGCUUCUUCUUAGUAAAUGCGAUGAAUAUUGGGCUGGGCCUCACAACUGCUGUCCCCCCCGCAUGUUGGUAAUGGGUUUUCUUUGUGUUUUGAGGAGCUUUUAAUUAUAGACUAAGGGUAAAUGCAAUUACAUGCAUACAUCAUGUUCCGGAACGGCACAUCAUAUUACCCUUCAAUAGCCAAUUUUUCCCUCACAACCGUGGAGGUGCGCGGGCAAGUCUGUGAUGUAUUGGGAUAAUUUGUAUGCAGUUGUACAGCGGCAUAUUGCCCCUACUUUAAUUGACCAACUUUUAACAGGCUGCAGGUUAGAGAGAGAAUAUUAUAACAUAAGCUGUAGCAAAAAUAUUCUAAUCCUUGAUUUUUUUUUUUUUUUUUUUUUUUCCCCCUUUCUCCUCCUUAUUGUAAAGAUUAAUUCAGUUUACUUGUAACAAAAUAAAUAUCAGUUUAGUGUCUUUCAAUUCCCUUUAGUUGGUGUAGCACCUGUUCUUUAUCUGGUUGUAAAUUUGUUUUUUUUCCAAUCAUCCCAGCCGAAAAAGAACUUUGUCUGUACGUGGACACUCACAGGGUGCCGAGCUGAGGGAUUGGCGUGCCCAUACGGAAUUAUAUUACUGCAGAACACAAAGGCAGAGCAGGACGGUUACUCGGCUCCGACGAAGUUCCCCCAAGCAGACGCUUGUUGCCAUGACAGCCUUUCAUAGCUCACUUAAUAUUCGUGACUUUGGUGGCAAUCACCCUUCAUUAACUCCUCACUGGCCAUCUCCUUCAGAACCAUCGCCGUAAACUGAGCCUUCACUCCUGGGGUUGUAGAAAGUAAAUUGCGGUUUAAAAAAAAUGCCCUUGAUUUUUUUUGGGGGUUCAGUAUGAUUUACCAACGGCCGGCAUCCCGGGCGUGGUGGUUCGCUACCCUCGCCACAGGUUCUGUUCCCACUUUAUGGGUGUUGUGGACACCCACGAGUGGGAAUAGCCCCUGUUCAACGAGAUUCCGGCUAUCUGUAUGGUCAGCUGUCGGGUUUCCGGCGUUCGUAUCCUGACUGCCGGCAAAUGGACUGCAUUCCGUUUGUUUAAAGCACAUUAAUACAGAGAAUAAGAUGCGUGCCUAAAGGGGGGUACACACGGAGAGAUCCGUGCUUAAAAUCUAAGCAAUCUUGCUAGAUUGCUUAGAUUUUAAGCACGGAUCUGCCGUGUGUAUGCCCUCCAGCGAUAGGGCCGCGCAUCGCUGUCGCCGAUGCUAGAUUGAGCUGCAUGCAGGCUCAAUCUAGCGGAUCGCUCACUUCACCGUUGUGUGAAGUGAGCGGCCCCCCCGUCGGCUUUCCCCCUCGCUCAGCACAUCGCGCUGUGCUGAGCGGGGUGAGAGAUGUGUGCUGAGCGGUCUGUGUUAAGAUCGCUCAGCACACAUCUCUCCCGUGAGUACCCCCCUUAAGUGCAAACCUGGGAAGUUUCCAGGUCAUGUAUAAUUGGAUUGUGUUAAUUAAUGUUUGUGUUUCACCUACAUCUAUACGAUUCUGAGGAUCUGACGUGAAACCUCUAUAUGACUGAAACCUGUAUCUUACCUCCUAUUUAACAAUGAGUCCAGUGUGAGUUUACAUUGCACGGCCACCCUACACAACCACAGCUCUGGAUAUUAAAACGGAAGGAAUUUUAGGUGUUUACAUGCCAGAGAAACCGGCAGUGUGUGUAUGUAUACUUUAUAUUGCCCUAUUUAUAUUUGUUAUAUGUAAGCCCCCCCCCCCCCCCCACCCACACACUUUUUUGGGGGGGAUUAACACAUUUUUGGCAGUUUGCAAUGUGUAUGUGUGUCUGCUAGUGAAGUGACCCCGUCAGCCGCUCCCCCCCCCCCCCCCAAAAGUCUCGUUCUCUGGAGCGGAUUCUGUUCCUUUAUAAACUCCACUGGCCCAAAUUGAAAUCGCAACUGCAAGCGACAGAUGGCGGUGGAUUGGCCUCAGUGUAACUUAUUGAUUCGCAAGCACGAGUUAAAGCAGGGGUACAUAACUUGUGGCUGCUGCGGAACUGCACAUCCCAGCAUGCCCUACCACAGUCUUAGCAUGCCAACAACAAAACGAAGGGAAUUCUGGGAUAUGUAGUUCCACAGCAUCUGGUGUUCCACGAUAAGACAUGCUUACUUUGUAUAUACAUAUAAAUGUCCUGCCACACCUCUUAACCAAUCGUAUGAUUGCAUAGAUCAGUCUUUAUCUGUUCCCCUUUGUCACUUGGUCAGGUUUCACAGCUUUAUGUACAGUGUAUAAUUAUUAUUAUUUGUUAUCCCAAGUGAAAUGUAAUGUACUCUUCCAUGGCAAAUGAUUCCUGUGCAAGCUACAUAAAGUAUUUUGUUAAUAAGAUGAGGUGAUGUUCGGUCUGUAUUCUAUACUUUUUCUACUAAUUUGUAAAGAAUUUUAUAUUUCAAUAAAAGACUUAUAUUUUGAACUA